GUUUUUCAUUGACAACGAAUGAUACGAUAUAUAAAGUGCAGAACAAAGAGGAGACCGAAGAAAAUAUAGCCAACGGUGACGCUGUUGGAGACAAUGCUAUCAAUGCGGCCAACAAUAGAAUAUCUGUUGAGAAACGUAACGAAUCAGAAGUGAGUCAACACAAGAGUCAAACAGAUGUCUGUCACCACCCGUUGGCUGAUCUCACGAUUGCUGGCGAAGCGACUCAAGUGCUGAGACAGGCUUUUCAUUCAUUUCUUAGUACAGUUUCUGAGUUAAUGCCACUUUUGCCGAUGGGAUCACCACUUCAGCAAAUAGCAGUUCGCUGUUUUUGUCUUCAAUUCAAUGGUGAAGACCAUUCAUUUCUACACCAGUGUCACGUAUUUUCUAAUAUCAGUAAAAUUUUCGGUCGAAAUGAUGAGGAACAGAGUCCGACUAUUUUGGAUGAAUCGCAUCAAUCAAUGUUUAUACAUCCGGCUCUUGAAUCAUAUCAGGAUUUGACGUCUCAGAUGGAAAUCACUCAUCACUGCCAUUCUGUGACAAUCACGACGACGGCGAAACUGCGGCUAUUAUUUUGUGUAACUCUUGCGGUAAUUUGUGCGCCGAAUGUGAUCGAUAUCUACAUCUUCACAGCAAAACUCGUUGCCAUCAAAGACAGAUAUUCAAAGAGGAAGAGGAGGCCAUUCGUGUAGAUCUUCAUGAAGGUUGUGGUCGAACCAAACUGUUUUGGGCGAUGGCUUUGGCCGACUCUAAGACACUUAAAGCAAUGGCAAAUUUUCAAUUAUAUUAUUUCGAUCGCAUCCCUAAAAGGUUGUAUCAUUGAAGAGGUGGAUCAAAGUAAGAACAAAGUUUGCAAACCGUAAACUAAAGAUGACUAUUCAUCAGUUUGUCGUUUUGAGAGCCACGGAGGAGGUUGGGGUUUUUCUAGUCAUUCGAUAGAAGCGAUUAGAUUUAUGGCCGACACAGACAUAUUGUUGGGAGGGUUUGGUUUGUUUGGUGGUCGCGGAGAAUAUACGGCAAAAUUAAAACUGUUUGAUAUCGGACCGGAUGGCGGGGAACAAGAGGGCGACGGAGAGAUAUUAACCGAAACCGAUGAGAUAUCAUUCGAGUGCGCCGCCAGACAAAAGUAUCCGAUACUGAUUGAAGAGCCGCUACCACUUCAAGCAAAUAAAUGGUAUGUCGCGUGAGUUCGCAUUUCUGGUUCGAGACUUGAUUGUUGAUCAAGUGGUCAGUCAGUAGUGAAUACAGAAGAUCAGGUUGUCUUCUAUUUCAAGAGCUCUAAAAAGUCUAACAAUGGAACCGAUGUAAAUGCGGGACAAAUACCACAACUGCACUAUAAAGUGAAGUGAAGUGAAUGCUUUUGUAUCGCAAAUUAUGGACGAAAGUCACGAAACAUUCCUCUCGUGUUACCAUUCCUUCUAUACGAACGGUUCGCUCAGAUGGCGAGCGCUUUGCGAUCUUUUGCUUAACGACGACAAUAGGUUAUCGCAAAAGUUUUGUUCCUAUUUAUUGUCUGCAAUGUUAGCCGCUUUGUGUCGACCGUGUGUUCGCUUAAUCCAAACGUUUCCCAUUAUGAAUGGUUUGGAUGUCUAUAAUCUUCAGAAUCCUUCUGAACUUCAGAGUCCUAUUUCUGAUUUAGGCAUAAGUUAUAAGAAUUAUGUAUUAAACGAAAAAAUUCAGAAAAAGACUGACGAAGAAGGGUGUCAUUCGGGAACUGAGUGUUCAUUUCGUGAUAUUUUCAAUAAUUUGUUUAAUAUUUCU